AUGAGUGAUUAUAAUUAUAAUAGAGAUCCUUCUGAUUUAACAUACGAACAAAAUAAAUUCUCUGUGCUUCCUCCAACUAAUAAUCAGAAUGAUUUCUCUAUACCUCCUUUAACAAAUAAUUUUCAUCAACAUUCCAAUGAAAUCAAUUUAGAUGAUAGCAUUUAUCAUCAUAAUCCAAAUCAAUAUUUAGAACAUGACAAUGUUAUCAUGCAACAAUUUCCACCACCACCACCACAAGCGCAACAACAACAAAAUACUGAAACAUUUCCAAAUUAUCAAAAUAUCAUUUCUGCUACUACUGCAAACGUUGGUGCUACAACUACCAUUGCUGACAAUAACAACAUGAACUCUUUAGUCUUGACCCCAUUAUUAAAUGAUCCUUCUUCUUUUUAUUGUGAAAGCAAUAAUAAUAUUACUUGGCUUUUGACUUGUCUUGAAAAACGUAUUAAUCAAAUUGAAGAAAGUAAGAACCAAAGAAUUUUUGCAAGCAACAAUUCACCACAAAAUAAUGCUUUUGAUAACGGUCAUUACAAUUAUAAUAGUUGUAAUAUUGGUAAUAGUAGUAUUAGUAAUGAAGAUAUUUACAAUCUUUUAGGUAAACUUUUUAUUCGUGUAGAACGGUUGGAAAGCAAUGUUGAUCUUUAUUUUGAUAAAGUUUAUUCAACUCGGCAAUAA